AUGAGCGUCUGUUCAUUCCUGAAGGCAGAGUUCACCAGCAGUGGCGAGAAGAUCACGGGGCGUCGGCUGCUCCUCGUGACUAUCGCGCUGAUGGUCGGCGCGUUCUUCGGGGAACUGGACAGGCAACUGCUGGUGACCGCAAUCCCCAAGAUCACAACCGAGUUCCGCAGCCUCGAGCAGGCGGCGUGGUACCAAGCCUCGCAUGAUCUCGCCAGGCUCGCAUUCCUGCCCAUCUUUGGGCGAGUGUACACGCUCUUCCCGCUGAAGAUCACUUACUGCGCCAACAUACUUGUGUUUAUCAUUGGAUCCAUCGUGUGCGCGACGUCGUCGACUUCCCACGUCCUGAUUGUCGGGCGCGCCGUCCAGGGCUUGUCGCAUGCUGGCACGAGUCUGGGAGGCUUCAUCAUAAUCUGCCAUGUCGUCUCGAAGAAGAAAAUGCCGCUGUUCCUGGCUAGUAUCGUCUUGAUGACCGGCGUCGCGUCAGCCGUGGGGCCUCCCCUCGGCGGGAUUCUCGCCGAGAGCUACAUGACUUGGCGCUUGGGCUUCUACCUGAGCAUAGCGAUGGCUCUCGUCGCGGGAUGUCUCAUAACCUUCACGUUCCCCGAACCUGUCAGGGUGACAUCAAACUAUUCUUUCCGAGAGAGAUUGAAAUCAACAGACCCGCUCAGUGUCAUUCUGAUCCUGACUUCUUUAACCGCCGCCAGGGGCUUCUCACCAAGCCAGUCCGGUGUCUACACCUUGGCCCUGUACAUCCCCGACACGGUCGUUGCCGUAGCUGUCGGAGCAGCUGUCACCUAUUUUGGCCAUUACGUGCCAUUCAUGGUGGCCAGCGCUUCGAUGACGGCUGUAGGUGCUGGGCUGUUUACCCAAAUCCAGGUGAGCACAGAUAUGGGCUACGUAAUAGGCCUUGAGCUUUUGGUGGCAUUUGGACUUGGGCUUGGCGUCCAGUUGCCCCUUUCAGCUGUUCGGAACGUCCUCGAUGAGCCGGACAUACCAGCAGGGGAGGCCCUCGUCCUGUUCUGCCUAUCUCUGGGCUUUACGCUGGUUUUCCCCAUGGCACAGGCCAUAUUCAUGAACACACUCAGGCGCGGCCUGGCGACAGGCUUGAGUCCAAGCACUGUCUCCAUGAUAAUUGACAUGGGCCCGUCGAAAGUGAACGCCGACCACUUGAAGGACGAGCAUGUGUCAUUUGUGGCUGAAUCGUACGGGAAAGCUAUUACCACUGCGUUUUACAUGUCCAUCGCGGCUUCUGGGUUAGCCCUGAUCGCCGCAGCGUCGAUGGAAUGGAGGAAGCUUGAAAAGGAGGAAGACGUUGGCAUCACCGAAGAGAUGGCAGUCCGCGACGUCCUCAAGUUCAUCAAAUUUUCAUUUCCUUUCGUUCUCUCUUACGGCCUCAAACGCCUCGCCCAUCGCAUCAGCGCCUUCCUCCAUGCUCUAGAGUACAAACCCGGGCCCUCACCCAAGAGCGUCGUCAUCGUCGGUGGCUCUUUUGCUGGAAUACUCCUCGCCAGACAGCUCUGCGAAUCACUUCCGAGCGGGUAUAGGGUCAUCCUCGUCGAGAAGAAUACCCAUUUUCACUACCCCUUCGUCUUUCCUAGGUUCUCCGUAGUCAAGAGUCACGAGGCCAAGGCUUUCAUUCCGUACGAUGAGAUGCUGUACAGCGGGCGCAAGGGUGUGCCACAGGGUAUUUUCGAGAGACGGUGCGAUGUUGUUACUGAAGUCACAAGAGAUUCUGUCAAGCUUGCGUCCGGAGAGGUGAUCCCUUUCGAGUUCCUGGCGAUUGCGACCGGUACAUCCUCCCCACGCCCGUCAAAGCUUGAGAGCCCUGACAAGCACGGCGCUUGUGAGGAGCUCAGGCACAUCCAGGAGCAGAUACGGGACGCGGAGAGCAUCGCCGUGGUCGGAGGUGGUGCGGUGGGUGUCGAACUCGUAACCGAUAUCAAGGGUUGGUACCCGGACAAGAAUGUGACGCUGGUCCAUUCGAGGGACAGGCUUAUGCAUGCCUACGGCCCCAGACUGCAUGAACGUGCUAUGGAGGAGAUGGAGAAAUUGGGGAUCACAGUGAGACUGGGGCAGAGACCGCAAAUUCGGUUUGAUGGCGACGAGAAGACCGGUGAAAAUGGAACGUUGGUGUUUCCAAGUGGCCAGGUGGACAAAUUCGGAUUGGUCAUACCGUGCACUGGACAGGCUCCAAAUACUCAAUUUCUGACGGGUGCCUUGUCCGAGUGCGUUUCCAAGGAGACAGGGAGGAUCUUGGUGGCUCCGAGCCUCCAACUUCACUUACCUGGAGGCGCAGUUGACAACAUUUUCGCACUCGGAGACGUUGCCGAAAGCGGUGGGCCCAAGAUGGCGCGAGCUGCUGAGUGCCAGUCACACAUCGUUGCAAGCAAUAUCGUUUCCUUGAUCAAAAGAUCCACGGCCCCCGGGAUCUAUCAACCAGUGAUCGCAGUCGAGGGCGCGAUCAAGCUGACGCUCGGGAAGUCUGCGGUGGCACUGUACUCAGAAGACGGCAGCGGAGAUGACGCCUUGAUUUCGGUGAAUGCAGGACAUGAGGACGGAGACAUCAAACGCGGCUGGAAGCUUCUUGGAGCCAAAUAUGACGAGGCUGUCUCUGUGAAAGAGCAAUGA